AUGCCAGGACGUCUUGGUAAGGCAACUGCAAGAAAAAUGCAUGUGCGUCAAAUUUCACCCGAAAUACCAUCACCCAUCAAGCCAAUUGUCAAUGAAGAUCUGGAAAAUCAAAUGCCGAUUGAUCCAAUCGAAUCACAAUCAUCCGAUUCCUUGCCAGAAGCGACGGCGCGUGAUGAAUUAAAUCCAAUGGCCAUACUCUUAGCCAAUGGUCAGCCACUGUUAACCAAAUUCGAAGAAAAAUAUUUAGUUGAUUUCAUCCUAAAGAGUGCAAAUAAAGAUCUCGAAGUGCUUCUUCGAGAAAAACUCUCUCUUAUCCUUCAAAUGAAUUACGGUUCACAUUCAUCAUUAUUUACAUUGAAUACUCAUUGGAUAUACGAUUUUCUUCUCAAGCAUUUUCAAACCUUAUCCGAACAUAUGAAUUUUCGGGAAUUAUUCGAUAAAUUCUUGAAGAAAACUUUCGACCGAAAUAAUUCCACGCUCGUGGCGAAACACUGGCAAUUACAAACAUUAGUCAAUGAACAUUCCAAGAAGCAAUCGACUAAUCCCACUAAACGUCGAAUGACGGUUCGACACAUAGACUUCAAUUAG